UAGUGUUGUUUAUGUUCUCUCUUCCUCUGUUACGAAACGUCGAAUGGCCGUGUGGUGGAGACGGAAGAGCCCGCAUCCACAGAGAGGUCCGAAAUCUCCGCCAAUCGAGCGAGAGGGAACCAUCCGAGUUGCUCACCGCACGAAGAGCAGCUUCAAGAAUCGAUUUUGAUGGUGAUGCCUUCCUUUCCGUCCGCACAUUCACCGUCGACAUGAGACACAAGUCUUUUCCCCUUUCUUUGAACCAAGUUCCCACUUUUUCUGUUGAUUUGGAUAUGGGUUGCUGUUUUUAGGGUUCUUUGGUUCAAAUUCGAUCAUCAAAAUGGCGCCUUUAUGCUCGUCUUGAUUGGGCGCUGAAGCGAGGCGGUUUGGUUCUGGGUAGGGGUUUUGGGGGCUGCCUUUUGGUUUGGAACAUGAUUGAUUGAUGAUGUUUUCUUGUAGAUUUUGUUCCCAAAAUUUUCCCGAAUUCAUUUGGUUUACGCGCUUGUUUCUUUGUUUACGGAGUGGAACUGUCAACAUUUUGGGAAUUUACUAGUGGUAGCUGUGCUCUAACCAGCUUUCCCUUGAUCUUUAGUCCCGGAAUUCGAUUAGUUUGAUUCUGUUUCUUGAUUGGUUUUGGCCGCUGUUCUUCGUCCUUGUGUGGAUAAAAGCCGGAUGGUGCUAAAUUAGGUAUUUUUCCUGUGAGGUAAAUAAGUACUUAAUGGCCAGCAAAAGCAUGCAACCAUAUUGGCCUGUAUGCCGGAAACCCUUCUUGUUCUGUCUCUCCCUCGCCACUAUCCUGGUUCUGCCCUAUCUCCUCUUCUGGGGUUACGCUGGCAAACCCCUCGUCAACCAUGUUUUGCCGAAAGAGAAGAUCUUUUCCAUGAUCGAGAGCCAGAGCACCCCUUCAAGGGACCAUGAGGACGAGCCCUCGUUGUCCACGGACUCGACUUUCUUGGAUCAGAAUGGACCAGCCGAUGAAGAGCUUGAGCGAUGUGACCCGAGCAAGGCGGUCUUGAAGGUUUUCAUGUAUGAUUUGCCUCCUGAGUUUCACUUUGGUCUCAUGAGCUGGAAUGACGAUGGCAAUAGUGUGUGGCCGGACAUACGGACCAAGAUCCCAGACUAUCCUGGUGGGUUGAAUCUUCAGCACAGCAUUGAGUACUGGCUGACGCUGGAUCUUUUGUCUUCAAAAUUCUCCGAUCCGAGUGGCCCUUGCAGUGCUGUCAGGGUUGAGGAUUCUCGUGAAGCUGAUGUUGUGUUUGUGCCUUUCUUUUCGUCUUUGAGCUACAAUCGGCAUUCGAAGAUAAUUCCACCUAAAACAGUCAGCACAAACAAGUUGUUGCAGAAGAAGUUGGUGCAGUUUUUAACAGCUCAAAAGGAGUGGAAAAGGUCAGGGGGGCGAGAUCACAUCAUAAUGGCACACCAUCCAAACAGCAUGUUAGAUGCUCGGACAAAGUUGUGGCCAUGCAUGUUCAUUCUUGCAGAUUUCGGGCGCUACUUUCCCCAUGUAGCCAAUGUGGAGAAAGACGUAAUUGCUCCCUACAAGCAUUUGAUCACGACCUUUGUCAACGACUCGUCUGGCUUUGAUGAUCGCCCUACUUUAUUGUAUUUUCAAGGAGCUAUCUACAGGAAAGAUGGAGGAUCAAUUCGGCAAGAGCUAUUUUAUCUUCUGAGAGAUGAGAAAGAUGUGCAUUUUUCAUUCGGAAGCAUUGGUGGGAAUGGAAUCAGUGAAGCCACCCGUGGGAUGCAUGCAUCAAAAUUCUGUCUAAAUAUUGCCGGUGACACCCCAUCUUCUAAUCGACUCUUUGAUGCCAUAGCUAGCCACUGCAUCCCGGUCAUCAUCAGCGAUGACAUCGAGCUCCCAUAUGAAGAUAUCCUUGACUAUUCCAAGUUUUGCGUCUUUGUGCGUACAUCUGAUGCUGUUAAGAAAGGCUUUCUGAUUAAAUUGAUCAGAGGUAUAAGCCGAGAGGACUGGACCCAGAUGUGGCAAAGGUUGAAGGAGGUCGAAGGCUACUAUGAAUUCCAGUACCCAUCUAAGAAAGAUGAUGCAGUACAAAUGAUUUGGCAGGCAGUGGCCAGAAAGGUGCCAGCAAUUCGACUCAAAGUACACAGAUCAAGGCGAUUCUCUCGGUUCGAUGUAUCAAAUAGGACAAGUACCCCAUUUAAAGUCUUCAUAUAGUUCAUCCACCUCACAGUUGCCCUUGGCAUCAAACAUCUUCCACCUUGCCCAAUGGAUAUCUCAGCAAUUUAUUUCCUCCUUGGACUUUGUAAAGUGGCAUGCGGCUGGGAGGGCAUGUUGUAUUCUACAUAUGGAUUCCGAGAACAAGUCUUGUGUUAGGACUGAAAUCAGUAGGGAAUUAGUUGUGGUAUUAUCCAUAUUUGCUUUACUUAUUGGGAGAGAGACUCUGUUGGUCUCUACCCUAAUCCAAAGUUCAUUCUUGAAGAAUAUGAUAUUGUUGUAACAGCCAAAGCAUGGCCACAUUUGUUGACAGAUCCAAAGUGUAGCUGUUGUCA